AUGUUUUGCUUUGGUAUGGCCAGUGGAUCUCCUCCGCUUCACUCUCGUUCUUCUGUUCCACCCCGGGUCAUCGCCAUACUCCCCCCCACCUAUCGCUCCAAUUGCGGCAUAGGCAGCAUGCUAGUUAUUGUUGAACCAUACAUACCUCGCCCACGCCGCAUGGUGUACACCCACCACAUCAAUCUUCGCGUCAUUCCUUACAUCAUGGCAAUUCAGGAUACCAAAGGGAACGAAGGCUUUCACUUCAUGAGGGUCGAGGACGCUUAA